AAAACUCGUCAGAAUUGCGUUCAGUUGUGCGACGGGACUUUCACGUGAAAGACUGAUACUUUUAUUUACUUUUGUCCCCUUAAUCACUCAAACACCGCGCGCACGACCCGCAAUUAAACAACUCGUAACAAAUAAAUUCCAAACGACAAAAAAAAAUUACAGAAAAAUCGAUAAAAUGCAUAAAAUAUUAACGGUGUUUUCCCAAUUAGUACUUGUGAUUUUUUGUGUUGACGCUGUCGAUGUCGUCUACCGGUUGUGCGACCCCAACGGAUGUCAAUCGUACAACAGUUUGAGUGAUGUGCCAGCAAUAACUAAUAAUACAGUGGAGACGACAACAACAACGACGACGACGACUGACAAAGCUCUAACAACGAUUGAUAGAUUGGAGGUACGUGUCUUUUAUGAGGCACUUUGCAGCGAUAGUUGGGCCUUUUUCCGCUCGCAAUUGUACCCGAUGUGGCUGAAACGCAAGGAACGAAUGAAUUUGCAGUUGGUGCCGUUUGGAAAAGCUUUCUUCUACAAUGAUCAAACCACAAAUAAAUUGCAAUUUAGUUGUCAGCAUGGGCCACGUGAGUGCCAACUCAAUAUGUUGCAUGCCUGCAUAUUGGAUGAAGUGCAAUUUGAUAUUGCUUUUCCCAUAAUUGCGUGUUUAAUGACAAGCCCGAGGAUGACGCUUGAACAGUGCUCAAUCUACUCAAAUAUUGAUAAAAGUCGCAUCGAAAUGUGUUACGGUGGCAGCGAAAAUGGCACCAAUUUACUCAAGAAAUAUGGCGAGGAAACACACAAAAUGCAAUUGACAUUUGUACCUUCGAUUGAAAUUGAUGGCGUUUUUCACAGUUCCGGUAGUUCGCCGUUGCUGUGGGACUUUGAUGGAGAAUUUAAGCGAGCUUUUAUGAACAAAUUUCACUACAAUCCGGAUAUUGAGACAAUGGAUCGUCUUCGUCAAUAAAAACAGAGGACAAGGCAUCUCCACGUGAGGAGGUUGAAGGAGAAAAAAAGGAUGAAAAAUAAAUUGUUUGAGGAAAAGGAAUUGUUUCUUACUUAUGCAUGAGCGGUCCUUUGAUGACAUGUCAUGCGAUCAAAUUUUCAUGGAGAUCCAUUUUUGGUUCAAUUUUGCUCUGUAGGUUGAAAAGGAAUGGAAUUAAAUCGUUCUUGGGGGUUUUGA